AUGAACGGUCCGUACCGGUUUUCGUCUUUUCCGACCUUCUUCCUCAUCUUCUUUCUGAGUUUCCUGUGUUACAAUGCGGCGGCGGCUGAACCUGAGCUGCUCAACAAAACCGACGUUCUCGGGUAGGUUUUUUGGAUAUUAUCAUUUAUUUUUAUUCACUGAAUUCUUGAAUGAGCGCAGGGAAACUUCUUGGCUUUUGAAAGUUUCAAAAAAUCGAAAAACACUUAUUUUUCUCACUCUGGAAGUUUUCUAGCAUGUCCGGGUUUUCAGAGCUUUUUUUCUGGAAGCAAAAUUUUUUGAAUUUUUCCCUGCAACUUGGCUCAAUGGGUUGUAAUCUUUUGAUGAAUACGUUGUUAAUUGCAAAAAUUUCCUUUGUUAGCCAACAAAACCUGUUUUUAGGAGUUCCUAUAGGGGUCGAAAAAGUGGUCCCUAUAGGGGUAAAAGCAAGGUGGUCUCUAGGAGUUCAGUGUCUGACCGCUGGUAUAGGGGUCUUUGAUUUUAAUUUAAAAAAACUUAUUUAUUCAAUUUUUGGCAUGGAAAUGCUUCUUUUCAUAGAGUACAUAAAAAUUAUCGACUAACAUGUCCCCUAUAAGGACCACUAACUAAAGCCCCUCCAAGGGCACCUAAGGUUGCCCCUAAGUUUUUUUUUCGGAAUUUAUACAAUUUUUGAUUACAGCAGAGAAGUUGACUGAAAAUGCCACAGCUUAUUUUGACUUCAUGACGCAAUGAACCCGGAGUUGAAUCCUACUUUAAUCGGACUUCUGCAGGGAGACGAUCGACGUCAAUGCGACGAGUCUCGAGAAGCACGGGGCGGCGAUUGUCGGCAAUCCGGCGGAGGAGAAAAAGCGGUCGUUGGUGCGUUUGGCGACGUUGAACAUCAACCAGAGCUUCAGGCCAUCUUCUUCAUCCUGUUCGUGAUCGUGUUGGCGACACUCGUCGUGCACAUGCUCAUCGUUUCCAAGAUCCAUUACGUCCCUGAAAGUCUGGCUAUCGUCAUUCUUGGUGAUUUCAGUCUGAGAAGCUAGAUUUCAUCGCAUGUUAUUAGGCGCCGUCGUUGGUUUAGUUCUGUCGUAUUCGAAACGUGAUUGGAGUGAAAUUGAAGCGCUCAGCCCAGGUAAAUUUAUAAUCUGACUACUUAGUCCCUGAAGAUUGGGUGGUCACUAGAGGGGUCUUUUAAAUUUUAUUCAAAGAAGGUUAUUUUUUUAGUUUUCCGCAUGGAAAUGCUCCCAGAGCUCAUAAAAAUUAUCGACUAGCAUGUCCCCUAUAGGAAUCACUUUAUUAAGCGUUUAAGGUCCUUAUAGGGGUUCGUAAAGUGGUCCUCAGAGGAGACCCUCCAAGGACCCCAAAAGGUUGCCCAUAUAGGGACCACUCUGGAGUUUCUAGAACAACAGUUUUUAAAGUCCAUUUUCAGUUUUAACAUAAAACUUUUCCUGCAAACUUUGUUUGUCCGCUUUUUGAAAUCUUUGAAAAUUUCUGUAAGCAAGAUUUUCGUUUCUUGCAGACGUAUUUUUCCUGGUCCUGCUACCUCCGAUCAUAUUCGAGAACGCUUACAAUCUCAACAAAGGAUAUUUCUUUUCCAACAUUGUUCCUAUUCUAACUUUUGCCAUCCUUGGCACCGCCGUUUCUGCGUUUGUCAUUGGCGUUGGACUUUAUGUGCUCGGAAUCGUAAGGAUUCAUAUUUUCCGAACAGUUUCAUGUUUUGAUUGCAGUUGGACAUUGUUUUCGAGUUUUCUCUUUUCGAAUGUCUUGCUUUUGCGUCAAUGAUAUCCGCUGUGGAUCCAGUGGCGACUCUUGCCAUUUUCCAGGCCGUCAAAGUUUGUUUUUCCAAUCAUUUUCACUCUUGAAACGGAACGUCGUAAGGUCGAAAGUCUGCUGUACAUGCUCGUCUUCGGGGAAUCCAUGUUGAAUGACGCAGUUUCCAUCGUCUUGGCCGCCACGACUCUUCGCCACGCACAUCCACCGCUCAAUCAAAUGCCCGCUGCUGGGGUUUGUCCGAAACCAUUUUUGUGUCUCACAAGGGAGGUCAUUUUACUUGGCGGUUUGGAAUUCUCUACAAAUUUUGCUCAAACACUCAAUGAAGGUCUAGAAGUAGACCCCUACCUCUGAAAACUUCUAGUUUUCGAGUUAUAAUUUUUCAAAGUCACGAAAUAAAAGUUUCGAAAUUCAAAGUAAAAUAUCUCGAAAACUAGAAGCUGUUACAACUUUGACAAAUUGCCCCAUAAACCGUUGAGCGAAUUUGUAGAAAAAUCCAAACCGUAAAGUAAAAUAGCCUCCCGUGUCAGACUUUUAUUUUCCCGGAAUUUUUCCUACCAGCAAUAUUUCAUUAUUGAAGGUGAUCGCUAGUGCUAUCGGGACCUUCACGAGGAUGUUUUUCUUGUCCGCUCUUCUCGGUGUUUCGAUAGGACUAAUGAGUGCACUGGUUUGUUCGUUUCCAAUUGCUUUAGAAUUAAGAAAAGGUUGAAUUUUCUUCUUGUCUGCGUGUGCAAUUUCAUAAAGGCCCUUGCAAAAAGGCGAUAACGGACCAGGAGACUUUUGUUAAAGGAGCGUUAAAAUGGAAAAUUCAGUUUUAACAGGCGUGAACGCAGAGCAACCUAUGUCAUUUUAUGAAUUUUAGAUCGUCAAAAAUCUGGGAAAAUAAGAAAAGUAGUUCAUAUGACACCUUUUUAACUUUCUUUUCUUGCAGAAGGGUUCUAUUCAGCUUUUUGUGUCAAAACCCUUUGAUUCAAAAUGCAACUUUUAUAGUUGUUCAAACACGUCGACCUGAGGAAGACGCCGUCAUUGGAGUUUGCCCUGAUGCUCGUUUUCGCUUACAUCCCCUACGGAUUCGCUGAGGCGCUCUCUCUUUCUGGUAAGUUUUUCAGAGGUUCUUAAAGAACUUGUUUGAAGGAAUAAUGGCGAUUUUGUUCUGCGGGAUCACGAUGGCGCAGUACACGCAGCACAACGUGAGCCCUGUCACGCAAAUAACCUUUCGACACACUUUCAGGACCAUUUCCUUUGUCGCUGGUUUGUUAGAAGUAUUGGCACUGCGAAACCUAUUUUCAUUUCCAGAGACCUCGACUUUCGCCUACAUUGGAAUGGCCUUCUUCACUAUCAAACUCAACAUCCAGCCUGCCCUCAUUUUCUGGAGCGUUGUGCGUUUCCGACUUCAUUUCUAGUUCAAAUCUUUUUUUGAGGUUCUUUGCCUCGUCGGAAGAGCAUUCAACGUCUUCUGCUUAUCCUAUCUCGUCAACAAAUGCCGUAAAGAUGUCCAAAUUUCGAUGAAAAAUCAAAUAAUCAUGUGGUUCAGUGGUGAGUUGAUUUCUUCCCCAGAAAACAAAAAAAGAAUUUGAAGGUAUGCGCGGAGCAGUGUGUUUCGCUCUUGUCCUAUACACCGAUAUUGAGCGAGAAAAGAAAUCGGUACUUUUAACGACGACACUUUUCCUCAUACUUUUCACGACAAUUUUCCUUGGAGGAUCCGCACUUCCAUUUAUUUCAUUCAUCAACCGGUGCUAUCCCAACGAGCGACAUCGCCGUCGAAAGCGUAGUCAGCGCAAAUCCGUCUCGGCUGGAAGUGCCAAGAACAACUUGAUCCUCAGCAAAACUCAAGAAAUGGUAGCGUUUUUGGUUUUUUGAAAAAAAAAACCAUCAGAACUGCUGAAAAAAAGCCUAGACUGAAUCAAAUAUUUCUUCAGAUUUAUGAAAACUCUCGUUUUCUUCAUGAAAAUUGACACUUAAUUUGAGAUUAAAUAAGAAAAAAGAAAGAAAAUUUGAAUGAUCUGUGAAGUCCAAUUCAUUUUUCUCUAUUUUUAGCGGUCAUUUAGGAGCUACAGAGUGGUCCUUGUAGAGGCAACCUUUAGAGAAACCACUUUGUCAACCUCUGUAGGGGCCACUAAAGCUUGCGAAGGCGGUCCUUAAAGGGGUUUUAGUUAGCGGCCUCUAUAGGGGACAAACUAUUCAAUAAUUGUCAUGAAUUCUGAACGAAGAAACAUCUCCAUGGGAAAAACUGAAUAAAUAAGCGUUUUUUUUUAAAUGAAGUUGAAAAACCCUUACAGUAACCACUUGAGCUUUAGGGACCAAGUGGUCAGACCCUAAACUCCUAUGGGACACCUUGAUUUUACCCCUAGAGAGACCACCUUAAUUUUACUCCUAUAGGGGCUGUUUUUCCUCCUAACCGCUAUAGGGACCAAUCUAGAAUUCCUAAGUCACGACGGCACUUUUGCCAUAUAAACAAUUAUUUCGAGUCAAAAGAAAAUCUCAAUUGCAGUCGUUCUUUGGCAGCGACGAGUGGGGUCCCAAAAAAAGUGCUCUGGACCCUACAACGCCUGCUGGCCGCAUCAUGCGUUCCCUCUUCAUCCGGAAGUUCACGGCCGUCGAGAGAAUGGAGAAUCGAGACGACUUGGCAGCGCUGACGAAACGCGCCCUGGCCAAUGAACAGCUGACCGACAGCGACGAAGUUCUCGAGCUGAGUCGUCCUGGCAGCGAAUUUCAAGAAGCGAGUGCUCAGCACAGUCGAAGCAGCACCCGCACGGACAUCGACCGCGGCGUCGCGCCUCUUCUUUCUUCUACAGAGUCUGUUUGA